AUGAUGCAAGCGAAUUUCGUGCAGGCAGGUGGCGCUCCACUAGCCGUUCCCGUGGUGGGAGGUAUGUGCGGCCCGAUGCCGGCUUUCCUCAUGUGCCCACAACCUGCAGUUGCUGUCGUCUUGAAUGUGCAGGGAGGGGUGCCUGCACCAAUCUUGAACGUGCAGGGAGGGCAGCCGAUGACCUUCACGAAUGCUGUGCCGAUCAUGGCAGGGUACAGCUCUGCUGAGUUUUCGGUGAUGGCUGUAACUCAGCUGGCUAAGGGUGUGCUAUUGGCGCUGGUGUUGGUCCAAGGCCGUGUGUGGCAGCUCUGCCAAAAGCAGACCGGAUGCCGCCGUGUGCAGGAAGCCAUCGAUGCCUGCGUCUCCGACCAGGAGAGAAAUGCACUUGCACAGGAGAUGGCUGGACAUGUCUGGGAGGCAGCCCGCUGCCCCUUCGGGAACUACGUCCUUCAGAGGUUCAUCACCUUGCUCAGGCCACGUGAUUGUCAGUUCAUCAUUGAGGAGAUCGCUUCCCAGGGGAGGCGGGCAGCUUCGCAGCUGGCACGCCACCGCUAUGGAUGCCGGAUCAUGCAACGACUCCUGGAGCAUCUCCGACAUGAGCAGACGAUGGGAAUGGUGGAUUUCUUGCUGAAGGAGGGGCUUCAGCUUGUCCGGCAUCAGUACGGCAACUUCGUGAUGCAGAGGAUCCUCAGCCACGGAACGCCCGCUCAGCGGCACUCGCUCUGCCAGCUUCUAAAGGUCCAGGCUGCUGAUCUGGCCACGGACCAGAACGCCAGUGCCGUCUUGGCGAAGGCAUUGGCCCAUGUGUGUCCCGAGGAUAAGAGUAGCUUGGCAAAUGGGCUCUUGUCGCAGCCGGGGCUUCUCCUUGCCAUGUCCAAAAUUCGGCAUGGCCACCAGACAGCCCUGACUCUGCUUCAUGUCCUGGAGGGGGAGAUGCUUGCAAAGGCCUUGGACACUAUGCAGGAGAACCUUUCAGCCUUGUCACGCUCCCGCUACGGUCGGGAGCAGAUCCAAAGCGAAGGUGCCCCACACAAUCAGUGGGGGUGGAAACAACGCUGCCAGAUCACCGAGCUCGCAGCCGUGGACGCAGAAAGAUCAGAUCUCGGGGCUCACCUUCGGGCAGCUUUCGACGAGUACGUCAUGACUAAAGAGCGAGCCCGGAGACACAUUGCAGACACGGAGCAUCCAUCAUCUUUCGUCGAACGUGUGACGAUUAACAAGCGAGUUGGUCGAUCCAAGAAGGAGCCUGAAGCGGGCUGGCGAUCUCCCGACUCCGCAUCGCAGAUCAAACAGAUUUCCAACGUGAUUACAUGUUGGCUGGCAUCCGGCUCUCAGUGGAACGCCACUGCCGCGGCUGACAGGAACUUCCAAGCUCGUCGAGCACAGCGCUGGGCUCGUCAGCAUCCUCGACCUCCCAAGAAGAGAAAGAGCCGGGAAGCCCAGCAGGGACCGGCGGACAUCCUCUUUGCAUUCUCACCGCCAACCUUCGAUGGAUUGCGCCGGACUGACCUCAUUCGCCUGAUCGGCCAAGCGCUGGGAGAUUUGGGCCUCGAAGUGACCCGGGCGGCCUUAGAGACGGAGUCUGGCAUAGUUGGAGAGGCAAGCAUCGUGACUGAUCUCAGGCGCUCGGCGAUUGCUGGCAACUGGGAUGAGGCCCUGGGAGUGGUCCGCCGGCUCGCAGAGGAGCCGCCAAGCACGCUGGGAGAGGCGGCCGCUGCUCUCCGGGUCUCGCUACUGGAGCAGAAGUGUUUGGACCUUCACCGUAGCGGGGAAGUGGAGGCCGCCAAGGAGAUCUUUGCGGAGAUCGCUGGCACCGAUGGAGCAGAAGAUCUAUCGCAGCAGUUGGACCUUUCUCCACAGGAGCUCGCAGACUCCUCGCCGUCUCGUGGCGACGUUGCGGAUCGGCUGGUGGAGCUGCUCCCCGCGGACUUGGCUCUUCCCCCGCGCCGCCUCUGCGCGCUGCUGUGGCAAGCGGUCAGGUAUCAGCAGCUUCACUGCCUCUACACGGAUCUCGAUCCGAACCUCAUGUAUCAGCAGCUCCACUGUUUGUCCACCGACAUGGACCCGACGCUGCUGUCCUCCGGACCGAACCUGCUCAAGGACUACAGCUACACCGCGCCGGCUCUGCCCAUCCACUGCGCCGCAAGGCUGAACCAUCAUCGAGACGAGGUUUGGUUUGCGGUCGUCACAGACGACGGCCGCUACCUAGCAUCUUCGUCGAAGGAUGAGAGCAUCAUCGUUUGGGAGUGCGCUGCUGGGCCUUCAUUUUCAGUGACGGAGGUGUUGAUCGGCCACAGUGCGCCCUGUGCUGCCCUGGCCUGGAGCCCUGACGGGCGGCGGCUCCUUUCUGCCUCCAGCGACGGCACGGUCAGGCUCUGGACUCUUCCAGGCGCCGUGGAGCCGGAGAUCUUCGCAAGACAUACAGACUCUGUGUCUGCUGUGGCCUGGCUCCCCGAUGGCGAGCACUUCCUGUCAGCAGGAUUUGACAGGUGUCUCUUGCUCUGGAAGAGUGAUGGAGACUUGCAGCACCGCUGGGAGCUUCAGUGCAGGGUGCAGGAUCUGGCUACCACCAGGGAUGGAUCGCGAGUGCUUGUCGUGGACUCUGACAAAGGUAUCAAGGUCUUCGACGUCGCCUCGCGGAAGGAGUUGGCACCACUGCCCGAGAGAGCGUCCUUCGAGCGUACUUGGGCACUGGCACAGAUCAGCGCUUCGCGGCUCCGGGAUGAGUUCCUCGUAAACGUGGCGCAGCACGCCGAUGUCUCGGAUGCUUCAAGACGGUUCGCCUUCUUGGCUGCCGCACCGAGACAUGACUUGGUGGAUGUUCUCAAUUCGGCACCGCCUUGGCGGAAGCUUCGCCCUGUGCCGAUAGUAUCUACUCUGCUGGGUGCUGCGCUCUACACCUGCUACAUGGUUCCUGGCUUGGCGCAGUUCGGCAGCGCGCGAUGGCAAAUACAGGUGGAGACUGGAGCGCUGGAGCCACGCGCGGGCGGCCCUUUUGCAGAGGUGAGUGGCUCGCUGGCGGUGCUGCUCAGCCUCGCUUAUGUUUCUCUAACCUUUGUCGGGCUUGGGCGGAUGGCGCAGCGCAGUCUGCCAGUGCAGACGUUCAUAUUCGAGUGCAUGGCAGUGCACAAUGCCACACAGUGCUGCUACAACCUGUACUGCUUCGUUAUGCUCGUCCUCGAGGGUCAGGCGCAGGGCUUCCAGAUCUGGGGCAACGUUCCAGACACCACAGCCACAGGCCAUCGACUGGGCUGGCUGAUGUGGCUGCAAUACCACUGCCGCCAGCUCCAACUGGUGGAGACCGGCUUCAUGGUGCUUCAGAAGAAGUUCCAGGGCGUCUCCUUUCUGCAUGUCUACCUCCGCGUCUUGAAUUUGUGGGGCUGGUUCAUCGCCUGCCGCUGUGGCUGCGGGGCUGAAGCCUUCGUCCCGGCACUGGUAAGCUCGGGCUGCCAGACUGUCGUGUACGGCCUGUAUUCCAGCUUCAGUUGUACAUCCAGUUCUCCUUCGCGUUCUGACUCCAGGGUCUCGCGCGCCACCUGGGUCUUCAGGCUUCAGAUUGCGCAGUACAUCCUUUGUGCGGGCCACUCGCUGGCCGCAGCCAUUUGGGGGCACUUCCCGGCGAAGCUGGCGGCCCUGCAUCUGUUUGUAAUUGGGAAUGGGCUGAUUCUUUACACCGAGUGGCACUCGGAGCCGCUAGCGGCCUCCCGCCUCAGCCGGCAAAGCAGUGACGAGUCGCCACGGCGAGUGACGUUCUCGUUCGACUCCUGCGGCUGGCUGUUCGUCUACCAUUUUGGCGUGGGCUUUUGGCUGAGCGACAAUCUGGGACUCCUCCGAAAACCGGAUGAGCCCCACUCCAUGCCGGAAGAGGUAGCCUUCAGCGGCUCUUCUGGUGGUUCACUGAUCGCGUGUGUACUGGCUUGUGGGAACAAUGUCCGUGAUGUGUUCGACUUCAUCGUCGAGCAGCAGCCGCUUUGCAAGCGCAAUCCUGUAGAAAUGUUCCCAGCUGUCGAGCGCGCACUGCGCAAGUUCCAGUUUGAGGGUGCCUAUCUGCGCCUCAUCGGUCGCAUGCGGGUUCUGCUGACAAGGGUAACACAGCACCCGCCCUUUGUGCAGGGGGAGGUUAUUGACAAGUUCCCAGACAAUGAAACUGUUAUUCAGACGCUCUGUGCGUCCUGUCAUGUGCCGGUCUUUGCGGGCCUAUUUCCCAGGCGCAUCUUCGGCCGUUACUACUACGACGGCCUCGUCUGGCCAGACCGGCUCCUUGUUCCAUGGCGCGGAGCACCGGGAGAUCACGUCGUGCGCGUGUCGGCCUGUGCACAUCCUCUGGCUGAUGUGAAGAUUGAUCGUGUGCCUUACUGGUGGGCAGUGCUGCCUCCAGACCCUCGAGUACUGCGAGGUGUCUUCUGGUGCGGCUACAGGGAUGCAGCGCGAUGGUUUUCCACCAAGCCUCAGGACUUGCCUGAAUCGUGCUGCAGGAAGAACCCGCAGGCGAGCGCAGCCUCAACGGCAAGGUGGCGGGCUGCUCAGGCUCUCCUCAAAAAGGAUCCUCGCGCUGAGCUUCCUGAGAAAGACCCUGUAACAGGAGAGAAUGUGUCAGAGCUGAUACGAGAGGCGGAAACUUUGGCAGCCCAGGCCACGCACUUCGUUUCCGUGGCCGUGACUGCCCUUGUAGCACUUUUGUUGGCUUUGGUUGCGGUGCCAGCGAGCUGGUCGGUUGCUUUGUCCCCGGCCGCCGGCCAGCCUUUAUGGAGCCGCAGUGAAACUGCGUCGGAUGGCACAGACAGGUGUGGCGGAGAGGGGAUUUCCCAGACAGAUGGGUCAAGUGCGAAGGAGCCGACCGGUUGGCUGGUGUCGGCCUCCGAUGACUGCACUCUGAGGGUUUGGGGAACAGAAGCCGCGGCAGAGAUGGAUGAGGCCGAGUCAGAGGCCGAGGAGCCUGCUGUAUCUGGAGCAGAAGAUGUUGAUCAGAGGCACGGGGCAGAUGACCCCGAACGCACAGGCUUUGCAACUUCUUUCCAUUUGGAAGCACUGGAGGGCAGCGAUGUCUCCAGUUGA